CUCAAUGGACGUGGAUUUGUGCAAACUCUGGAAAAUAGCGAAGGACAGGAAGCCUGGCGCGCUGCAGUGCAUGGGGUCACAGAGUCGGACACGACUUAGCAACUGAACAAACAAUAACAACUAGCCCGGACCAUGUGGCAUACGCCCCGCCCCUAACUCCACCCUCUAGGUCCGGUCAGACCCCACCCCAGAGCUUAACCUUACCCCCAGCCGGGGGAAAGAAACUAGAAUUUCUCCUCCACGGUCAUAUAAAGAGGAGUUAACCUUCCCGCCACAGCCCGCAGCUCCUUCGGCCCUGAAAGCCAGUGCCUCGGCCACUUCCGCUGCUGGGGGCCCUGACACCGGAAGCGGAAGUGCGUCGCGGCCGCGGACGGAGGUGGCUGUGCUGGACCGCGCGGCGCCUUGCGGUGGGAGUGUCUCCGGCCAGUCUGCAGGAAGGACACACACUGAAACUUUAAACCCUGGCGCUGGUAUCAUGGAAUCAGUCACCUUAGAGGAUGUGGCGAUGGAGCUCAUCCAGGAGUGGACGUUGCUGGACGAUGCUGGGAGGAACCUGUGCAGACACGUGCUGCAGGACAACUGCAGGACCCUGGCGCCCAGGGCAGCAGGGACUCCACCGUGCAAAGCCAGUCUCGUCUCCCAGGUGGAGCCAAGAGAAGAGCUGAAAGCAGCAGAGCACGGUGUUCUCUGUGCCACGGGUGUGGACUGGGAAUCUCAAUUUACACCCAAAGAGCCUACAACUCUGCAGGAUAUUUCAGAAGAAAACUCAUCCUAUGAUUUGCAAAUGGGGCCAGAGCUGGACCUGAAGAUAGAGAUCAAGUCUGAGAUGGAAGAGGAGGUGAUGCCUCCAGCUCCAGAGGACUGGUCAGCUCUCCAACAGUCUUCUGAAUAUGCAGUAAGCCUGGGAGGUGGUCUGCCAGGAGGGCCCCAGCCCCUGCCAAGAAGGCCCAAGGUUCAGGAUAUGUCUGGGCUGAAGGUGGCUGUGCAGAUGCAGAGGUUGGCCACGCCGGAGCCUGCGCUGGGUCUCCCCAGACUGUGGAGGGCUGGGGGUGCUGCUCUGUCCGCUCAAGGCCCUGCCUGGCUCCAGAAGGGGAGAAUAGAAGAAGAAGCCAUGACUCCUGGGGGACUGACCACCUGUCCACAGGAGCCAGUCACCUUCGCGGAUGUGGCUGUGCUGUUCACACCGGAAGAAUGGCUGUUUCUAGACUCUGCCCAGAAAAGCCUCUACAGAGAUGUGAUGCUGGAGAACUACAGGAACCUGGCCUCUGUAGGUGAUCAACUCUGUAAAACCAGGAUGUCUUCCCAUUUGGAGCAAAGAGAAGAGCUGUGCGUCACCGAGAGAGGGAUCUUCCCAGAAGCCCACUUAGGUCCUCACUUUCAACACCAAGACUCAAUUCCUAAUCAAGAUAUUUUGGCGGCAAUUCCAUCCAUUGGCAUGAAAAGGGAGCCACCUCAGGUCGGAGAAAACCUCUAUAAAUACGAUGAGCUUGGGAAGCCCUUUGACAGCAUCAAACCGCUUUUUCAGUACCCGGGAUUUCCUACUGAAGGAAACCCCUUUGAAGGCCGAGAGAGCCGAAAAUCCUUCCUCCGGACCACCCGCCUCAUCGUGCCUGAGAAAGUCCCCAGCGGGGAUAAAACCUACACGUGCGACAAAUGUGCAAGAUCCUUCAGGUACAGCUCCGAGCUCAUCCGUCACGAGAAGACGCACACCGCGGAGAAGUGCUUCGAGUGUCAGGAGUGCCGGCAGGCCUUCAAGUACUUCUCCAACUUGCGGCGCCACCUGAAGACCCAUGGCGGCGAGAAGCCCUUCGAGUGCAGCCAGUGCGGGAAGACCUUCACGAGGAACUUCAACCUGAUCCUGCACCAGAGGAACCACAUGGGCGAGAAGCCCUACUCAUGCAAGGACUGUGGGAAGGCUUUCACCCAGCCAUCCUCUCUGAGGAGCCACAUGAGGACCCACACCGGAGAGAAGCCCUUCGAAUGCGGCCACUGUGGGAAGACCUUCCGGGAGCACUCGUCGCUGAAGACGCACGUGCGGACCCACACCAGAGAGAAGCCCUACCAGUGCAACCACUGCGGGAAGCCCUUCCGCACGAGCACCAACCUGAACGUGCACAAGAGGAUCCACACGGGUGAGAAGCUGUACGAGUGCGCCACCUGCGGGCAGGUCCUGAGUCGGCUCUCCACCCUCAAGAGUCACAUGCGGAUCCACACCGGAGAGAAGCCCUACCCGUGCCCAGAGUGCGGGCGAGCCUUCGGGGAGCCCUCAUCUCUCAGGAAACACGCGAGGACCCACACUGGCAAGAAGCCCUACGUCUGCCCGCAGUGCGGGCGAGCCUUCGGCCAGUCCUCUCACCUCAUCGUCCACGUGAGAACCCACACCACGGGGAGACCCUACGAAUGCACUCAGUGUGACAAAGCCUUCCGGCACAGCUCUUCACUCAGCGUGCACAAGAGAAUUCACGCCAGGGGAGAAAACGUCAGGACUGACGACCUGCCUUUAUCUGUGUCUCUUCCCAUGGAAGGGCCCCUUGCUGAUGAACUUCCUGUUUCUACAGACUAAACAUCUGGGGCCGUAAUCAUCUCUCAUAGUACUCCUUUAGCGACAUCCUAUAUGGUGGCUCAGUGGUGAAGAAUCACCUGCCAAUGUAGGAGAGGAGGGGUGUAUCUCUGCGUUGGGAAGAUCCCCUGGAGAAGGAAAUGGCAACCCACUCCAGUAUUCUUGCCUGGGAAAUCCCAUGGAUCCUGGCAGGCUGCAGUCCCUGGGGUCACAAAGACUCAGACACCACUGAGCAUGUGUACACACACACAUAACACACCACAAGCAGAGUGUGUGAUCUUUAUGUUGUUGAAUGUUAAGUAUUUGUGGAGAUUUGCUUUUAGGGUUAGGGCUUCCCUGAUGGCUCAGGCGGUAAAGCGUCUGCCUGCAAUGCGGGAGACCUGGGUUUGAUCCCUGGGUUGGGAAGAUCCCCUGGAGAAGGAAACAGCAACCCACUCCAGUACUCUUGCCUGGAAAAUGGCAUGUCUUGGUAGUUGCCUGCCAAAACUGUCCCUUCUUACUUGCAAAAGCACCUAGGUUUUAUUUGUUCAGAUUGAGACUAUGCAAUGUAUAUAUAUAUAUUUUGUGGCUUAAAGCAAGAGGAUUUUAUUCUCUCACUUGUGGAGGGCACAAGUUGAAAUCAAGGUGUCUGCAGGGCCACGUCCCCUCUAAAGUCUCUAGGAGAGGAGGCUUCUUUGCCUCUUCCCACUUUUGGUGGCCGCAGGUGUGCCUUGCCUUGUAGCAGCGUCGUCCCCGUCGCUGCCUCCAUCUUCAUACGGCCUUCUCCUCUGUGUAUCAGUGUCCUCUCCUGUGUCUCCUAAGUGUCUCUUAUAAGGACACAUCAUCGGAUUUAGGGUCUACCCAGAUACCCAGGAUGGCCUCAUCUCAAGAUCUUUAAUUUAAUGACAUCUAUAAAGACCCUUUUCCAACUGAGUUCACCACCAGAGUUUCUGGGUGGCCAUGUCUUUUGGUGAUGGUGGUGGUCGGGGCUGCAUUCAAACCACUACACCAUCAGGGAAUGUGCAUGAUUAAAAUACUUCCACCUCCCUGUCCUUCUUGCUGGCAGGGGAGGCCACGUUCUCCAGUCUUGGCCAGCAGGAGACAUCAUUGAGUGUGAGUCCUGGGGAAGAUGUCACAAAGGAAUGGUUUCAUUUAGCCAGAUCCCUCUCCUCCUUCCCUGGUGGCUUGGACGGUGAAAAAUCUGCCCACAAUGCGGGAGACCCAGCUUCAAUCCCUGGGUCGGGAAGAUCCCCUGGAGAAGGGUGGCUACCUACUCCAGUAUUCUUGCCUGGAGAAUUCCAUGAACAGAGGAGUCUGGCGGACUACAGUCCAUGGGGUCACAAAGAGUCUUCAGACACGACUGAGCGACUAACGCUUUCACUUUCUCUCCUUCUUGCCUUUUGUACAAGCGGGCACCAUAUCUGGUGCUAGAGGAGGCAUCCUGUGACCACAAGGGUGAAAGCCACAGUCUAGAGUGUGGGGGACUUCCCUAGUGGUCCAGUGGUUAGGACUUUGAGCUUCCAGUACAGGGCUGAGGGUUUGACCCUGGUCAGGGAACUAAGAUCCCACAACUGUAUGGUGCUGCCAAAUUAAACAUAUAAAAAUAAUAGAUUAAAAAAUAAUAGAUUGUGGCCAGAGCUACAACCAUCCUGGUUCCCCGGUUGGUAUCCUUGUGUGGGUGUUCCAGCCCUGGGUUGUUUGUUUCUGGACAUCUUGUUUACACGAAAAAGAUGCACUUCUUACUGGUACAUGACAUUGUCUUUUUUGGGGGGAGGGGAAUCUGGGGGAGGGCAGGGAUGGGUUUAUUGUGGCUGAAUGCAGUCUCUAACUGAUGCACUUAAUAUAUGAUUCAUUUUUAUAAAUGCUUCUUGAACAGUGGAAAUCAAUGUAUUGUAUCCUGCAAAUGUCCACUAGAUGGAGCAUGCUCUUUGUGUAUAAAAGUCUUUUACACAUUUUAAAAUACUGGUUUCUGUCUUAGCUCAGGCUGCUAUAACAAAAAUACUGGGUGGCUUACAAACAACAGAAAUUUAUUUCUCACAGUUCCUAGAGAUAGGAAGUCCAAGAUCACGGCUGGCAGAUUUGAUGUCUGGGGAGGCCCCACUUCCUGGUUCAUAAAUGGCCAUCUUCUUGCCAUGUCUCACAUGGCAGAAGGACAGCAAGAGAGCUCCCUGGGGUCUCUUUUGUAAGGGCACUGAUCCCAUUCAUGAGGGCUCCAUCCCUAUGACCUAAUCACCUCCCAAGGGCCUCACCUCCUAACACCAUCCCCUUGGGAGUUAGGCUUCAGCAUGUCAACUCUGGGGAGCACCAAUAUUUAGUCCUUAGCAGUUUCCAGUCUGUCAUUUACUGAGAAAGUUAAACUCUCCCACCAUACGUAUGAAUUGCUGAAUGAGUCUUUUAAUUCUGUUCAUUUUAAAAUUCAUAUAUUUUGAAGGAAUGGAAUUAAAAGAUUUUUGACAUCUUGUAAGCUUUCAGUUAAUUGUUCCUUUUAUUCUUAUAGUGGCCAUCUUUCUCCCUAGCAAUGAAUAUUUAGCCAUUCAUCAUCAUCAUAGCAAAUGAUUAUUUGUGCUUAUUAUUGCUAGAUAGUAUUAUAGCUACUACCUUAAACUUUGUAUCUUUUAAGUUAUUUAGUCCUUACAAUGACACUUUGAGGAAGGUACUGUUAUUAUACCCAAUUCACAGAUGAGGAAACUGAGGCCUGAUAAGUUGAGUUAACUGAGGUCCUGCAGGUGGUAAGUGACAGUUUGGCUCUCUCUACAGAACUUCACUGCAGGGAGCUGUUCUCCAUUUUCCCCUGUACUCAGAGUUCUGUUUUUGUGUUUUAAAGUUUUUUUUUUUUUUUUUCCCCCACACUGAGAGGCUUUGUGGGAUCUCAGUUCCCUGACAAAGGAUUGAACCCACACCCUUGGCAGUGAAAGUGCAGAGUCCUAACCACUGGACUGCCAGGGAAUUCCCUUAAAGUUCUUUAAUUGAGACAUAACUUAUGUAAAAGUCCAUAAGUCUCAGUGUUCACCUCAGUGAAUUUUAUGUCUAUAUCUAUACCACUCUAGAGAAGGGAGUGGCUACCCACUGCAGUAUUCUUGCCUGGAGAAGUCCAUGGACAGAGAGCCUGGUGGGCUACAGUUCAUAGGGUCACAAAAUUGGACACGAUUGAGUGACACUUUCAUACCACCCACAUCAAAAAGAAAAUAUUCUAUCUUCCCAGAAAGUCCUCUUGGGCCCAGCCUAGGUCGAUAAGCCCCAUCUCCAGAAUUAACCAGUACUCUGACUUCUAGUACCAUAGAUUUGUUUUUCUUGUUCAGAAAAAUAGAACCACACAGUACGCCUUCUUGUGUCUGAUGUUUUCACUUAAUAUAGUGCCUAUGAACUUUUUUUGUCACAUUAUCAGUAGAGCUCUUUUAAAAUUGCUGUGUAAUAUUCCAUUGUCUGAAUACACUACAGUUAAAAAAUUUCACUCUGUUCAUGGACAUCUGGGUUCUUUCCCAAUGCUGUUAUGAAUAAAGCUGCUAUGAGUA